CGUGGCCGCGCCCGAACCGACCGGCUCCUACGUAUGAGGCGCCCGCGCUAGCGUCGGCAUGGCCCACGCCGGCGCCUAGCGGGCAGAUGUGCAGCCUGGCGGCGCUCGCGCGCGGCUGCCGGCCCGCCGCCAAGCCGUGCUGCCUCUGCUGGUGCUGUUGCUGCUCUUGUUCCUGCCUGGCUGCGCGCGGGUCGGAGGGAGGUCCCGGCAAGAAGCCCCGGGAGCCUGGCCCGCAGGACCCACUGCUCAACGACGGAGAUGCGCCGCCGUCGCUGGAGGAGAUCCAGAGUUGGGGGCAGUCGUUUGACAGACUCAUGCGCAGCGCAGCCGGGCGCAAGGUGUUCCGAGACUUUCUGCGCGGCGAGUACUCGGAGGAGAACAUCAUGUUCUGGCUGGCGUGCGAGGAGCUGAAGCGGGAGACGGACCCUGAUGCCGUUGAGGAGAAGGCUCGCUUCAUAUACGAGGACUACAUCUCCAUACUAUCACCGAAAGAGGUAUCCCUGGACUCUCGGGUGCGCGAGGUGGUGAAUCGCAACAUGGUGGAGCCGACCCCGCACACGUUCGACGAAGCACAGCUGCAGAUCUACACGCUGAUGCACCGAGACUCCUACCCGCGCUUCGUCAACUCACCUCUGUAUAAGAUGCUUGCACAUGUGCCUAGCUCGCCGGCCGCGUCGCCGCAGUGAAGCUUGUGUACUGAGUGGACUUUAGAGUGGAGCGUUCAUGUUGAAAUGCAAACGUAUGCGAGCGGCUUAGUGCACUAUGCUCGCACUUUUCCGCUUGAUACGCCGCCACGUUGCCGUUGGACGUACGCCACUUAGGCUGUAUAUUAAAGCGAUUACCUGAGACAGAUUCGAGUGUUUCGACAGAUUAAAUUUCGUGGAUACAUUUUGGACGAAAACUGGCAGAUUUUGAAUCUGCAGCAUUAGUGAAAGGUCUUCUGUUUUUAACGGAAAAGUCAUGGAAACUAAUGCCGUCUUUUGAAAAUGUGUCCACGAAAAUGAUUCCGUACGAAGCCCGAAUAACUCAUUCAUGGAUGAUUCCAUGAUGGUGCAAAAUACCUUUAAUGCAUUAUUUCGUGAGCGUAUUUAUUUAUAGUUUUACCAAUUAGCUCACACGGUCCCUGAGCUCCUUCCCUGAUUCCUAGUCGAUAUAGCUCGGUUAUAUAAAACUAAUCACACAGAAUAACCUUCAAAAUCUAUGUAAUCAACCUCUUUAACUUAUCAUGAUCCGUCUCAGUUAAAUGGUAACUCUAUACAUGCGUAUUUAUCACUGGAAUCAAAUAUAAGGACUUACGUUUGAACGAAAAGCGAGGCUGGCACAACUAGUUGUUCAUAAUAUUUAUAUGAACGCCAGAGAAAUAACUUUCUGCCCGAUUCGAACUUUAAGAUACGUCAGUUAAUAGAUCUAGAAACGAUAUGGAUUAGAAGUGUCAAUGUCAAAUGUGACGUUUCUUCAAAGGUAAACAUUUGACACUGACACUCUAAUCCAUAUCGUUUCUAGAUCUAUUAAUUAACGUACCUAUCUUAAAGUUCGAAUCGAACAGAUGUUUCGGGAAUGAGACACAGGUGAUUCUCCAUAUUUUUCUGCGCGGGAGAGAUGUUAAAAUGAGCUGCGCGUCGCGUAGUUCUACUCGUAAAUGGGUCAUGUUCAGAUUUAGGUCUGUUAGAGAUGAGAAGUUGAGAAGUAACGCAUCAACAAUUUUAGUACAGUCAACUGUAAAAAUAUGGGUGCACAAAUCAUCUCAAAAAUAUGUCCCAUGGUUCUUAUGUCAGCGAAUUGGCUACACCCAUAUUUUUACAGUUGACUGUAGGUACAUGCCGAUACUUAAUUAAUUAAUUCGACGAAGGAAUGUCAAGUCUCAAUUCUAUAACUGUCUGCAACAACUGGAUGCAACGAAUCAUUAUUAGUUUUGAAUUUGCUUUUGACCUAGUUGCGCCAGCCUUUCUGGUCAGUUAAAGCAUUUGGUUUUGAGACCAUCGUUAGGUUAUCCGUCCCUAAACAAAUCUAGUCUUGAAAUUUCUUUGUGACCUGGGCUAUAACCGCGAAAAUCGAAGCUCGUAAAUUGCGGAUCCUUAAUUCCCUAUCACUCUUAUUACGCCUUCAUUGGAGUAAAAGAAAAAGAUCCCCGCAAUUUGCAAAGUUCGGUUUUCGCGGUAGGCCCCCUGUAGCUAUGAUCAGUCAUACUCGUAGAUAAUGAAGGGAUUGAGAUAUAUUUCAGCGUAUAUAAUUUUUUGAUUGAGAUUGGCAGUUUUAUUGUGAAAGUUUCUAGCUGAUGAAUUUUUCGAUCUUCUGAUCUAAGGUUCCAUAUAGAGUGACCCGUUUCACAUAGUUUCAUUUGCUAAUAAAGACAACCUAUGGUUUAAAAAUGUAUGUGGGAUGAGGUACGAAAAGCAGUUAUUAUGGUCUUAAAUAAUUUAUGGACAAACAAGGAGCUAUGUUAAUAUAAAGUGGCUCUCAUAAUAAAUACAAAAGUUAUUUAUACUUUGAUGAAUCUUUAUCAUGCUAAUCUGUAAUUUUGCUAGUUCGUAUAUGGGUGGCCACUUUGAAACACUAGUCAAUCUGAUACGUCUUCUUUACUUGGUAUUGUUGUGUUUCAAGCUGGGGAUACACUAGGGGACAAAUGCUCGCGACACGACUCGGCGACAUGUCAGACGAAGUCGUGCAACUUCACCUGACAUCUGGCGAUAUCGCACGACUUAUGACACACACUGACGACACGUGUUGCCCGACAUGUGAAGUUUGGCAACGUUGCGCCACUACGUCAACGUCGCUUGCGACACGUGUCGCGGAACUUUUGUCGCCUGGUGUAUCCCUGAAUUUAAGGUACAUACAUUUUUCUUCAGAAUACACAUCCAGACGUAUCAUUUUUGACUGGGUUUUAGCUCCUAAUUCGGGUUCAACAUCUUAUAUAAAGCUGUAGCCCAUAUGACUUUGGCCAGUGAGAUGCCACAAGUUAGUGGCACCCAGACUGAUUCAACGAACAAUUUACUUUAAGAUAAUAUGGUGUACAAUUGGACAAACAACUGAGCAUAAUGUAGCGGGUUUAUAUCCACUAGUUGCUAGCUAAUUUAUGACAGCGUUUUAAUCGUUUUUUGUCAUAAAUUUUUGCAAUUAGUAAAUUAUUAAGUCCUAUUUCAUAACCCCAUUAUAAACGGCAAUAAUAAGCUAUAGUAAAGAGGAUAUUCUUAGCACAGGACAGCGUUAGCCCACACUAGGGUCUUUUGAGCGUUGGCGUUUAGUCAGCGCUAUGGAAAAUGACGUCGCUGCGCAGCGUCAACGUUGCGUCGAGCAGCAACCAUAGAGGUGAGUAGACGCCGACGCUCAGGAGACGCUAUAGCGUGGGUGGCUCUAAAAGUAUUGUAUUUAAACCCGUUGUAUUAACAGUAGACGCAUAUGAAACGGGUGUAGGGGCCAUCCUAGCAUAGUCUCCGAGAUGACUGGCUUGCAGUCAUUGAGCUUAACACGGGACCUGAUUUUUGUAUAUAAAACCUUAGUUUACUUUGAGGACAUAAUUCCUGAAUCGACCAAUGAAGUGCAGAGAGGCCUCUAUUUCUUGAUAUAAUCUUUCUACGUUUUGUAACAGGCGUAGAAAAUUAGUUUUAGAUAAAGGUUAAUUUAUUUCAAGUACUUAAAGCUAAAAAUUCAUUGAUUGUUAUAGCAACUAUAUAUUAUUAUAGGCACAUGAAUGAACUGUAAGUACUGGGUCUUGGACGUGCACUUUUCCUCGACCACUUUCAGAGUUUAUUUUCCGAAAGAAAAGGAUAAUAGAGGCCUCUGUUUCUCUAUUAAACAAAUUAAACUUAUUCUAGCCAAUAUUCCCUCAACUUGGGAAUGCUAAAAGUACAUGUGCCCUUACACCUUUCGUCUACUUGUCUCAGUUCGCCAGUUGGUCAUCUUGCACUUGACUGCGUGUCGAAGUGUCACCCGAGCAGCCAAUCAGAGUGCAUGUAGCGCCUAACCACGUAUGUAGGGCUGCUCGGUAUUUAACCUUUUAACCGCCGUAGACUGAUAUAUAAGACAUACAGAAUCUGGCUAAUUUCUCCGCGAUCUGAUAAAUAAGACAAAACUUCGUGUAACUUCGUACAAAUUCGAUGGUGGUUAAAAGGUUAAGAGUAAUUUUUCGGCUGUCUUGGAUCGUCCGGGACGCUGGGAUGGGUCUGGCCCACUGGGUCUUGUAAUUACCACUGCGCCCGACCCACCACAAUGUGCUAAGCUCAGUUUCGUGCCGUGGCUGUGUUAGACUCAGGUUAUGAUUAUGGAAAAGGCAUAAUGAAGGCUCAAUGUCUGUUUUCUCUCUCUGCGACAUGAGAUUCAGGUUAUUUUCUCAGCACAAGCGAAUAGUGCACAAGUUUUAGUGAACCCUUUUUGAAUGUUGUAAUCUUGUACUUUUAUAUGUAAUUUUUUUUAAGACUUAUCCGGGAUCCGGCCAAUCCUAUUUAGGCCUCGGUAGUAUAGCACAUAGUAAUAGGCCUAACAUAAUGUAAUUAUAAUGCACUAUUUUCAAGACUGUAAUUUUCAUAAUGGGUACGAACGGGUAAACCUUUAAACAGGAUGUCUCUUGUAAGCUCGCCGCUACUCGCAAUAUGUCAGAAAAUGUCUAACUAAUCUAGUCAUUAUAAGAAAAACUAUAUGACCUAGUUUAUAGUUCAAAUUUAAACCAAAGAUUAGGAAGUAACAAGAAAGUGCAAACUGUUUAAAUAAUAUUACCAACUUAAAACUGACUUUGCUUUGUGGGACAAGUAAAAAAGUACAAAUAAAAUUAUGUGCACGAAUUGGUAAAGCAAGGGCCCUAAGCACAAAGAAUUUUAGACAGCUACCCGCCAUUUUUUAUCUCUAUCGAACACAUAAUUAUACCUAUUGCUAUCGCGCCGACGCGCGACGGAUGAUGUCGGCGGUCAAUGACACUGUGCGAGCGGGUGGUGGUUCAAUAGUACUGGAAAUUUGUUUAGUUCUAAGCAUUUUAGUUUAGGUAUUAAAUGUAAAGUAAAACUAGAAACAUAUUAUGUAAAGUAAACGGCGAGAAACAGGCAGCAUCGGGUCUAACACAGCAAAGUACAGGGUCUCGUCUAAGCCCUUGUACGUAUGCAAUGUUUAACAAUGCUCAGAUUACGUCAUAGAGUAAAACCCGUAAAAUUAUAAAGAUCGAUAUUUAACUUAACUAUAGGUAACUAUAACGAUAACUUGUCACUUUAACCGUUGUUUGAUUUAAAUAAAGCUUCAAAAGGCACCUUUAUCACAUCGCUGGUCCAAUAUUACCUACAGGGUUCUAUGUUUCACUUUUAUCGAACUGAUAUUUGAACAUUGUCAUAGUGACAUUAAGUCAUUUCAACUAUCUUGCAAAUGUAGCAUAGAACUUUGUAAUAUUGAGCCAGUUACGUGAUAAACGCUACUUUAUGUACAGUCACCUGCAAUAAUAUGUUACACAACGAAGGCCGCAAAAACAUCUGACACGAUCUUUUUUUGUAGAGCUAUAAGAGCGUGUCACAUAUUUUUGCGUCGUUCGAAGAGUAACAUAUUAUUGCAGGUGAGUGUAUGCAUAAAGCUACGCAUGUGCAUAAAGUUAGAAUAAAUAAAAACAAAACUCUGAGCAUUGUUAAAAUAUUUCAAAUCGGUAAAUCACAGAUACUGAUUACAUAAAAAUAUGUACAUUAAAAGGGCAUCUAGUCAUGACACAGUUUCUUAACUGUGUUUUAAGACGAUGACCAAAUUGAGCCAGCGUAGCGCACACAGCUAGCUAUAUGUUUCAGUCUUGAUAUAUAGUCGUGCCCAGGUGGGGAUCAAACCGCCAAUGGGUUGCAAUAACAACCCUAUACCUGUAAAUAGUCUCAGUAUAAUAUUAAAUUAAUUUAAACGGGUACUAAUUUUGUAUAUAGUUAGGUUAAGGUAAGUAGGUGCGCCGUGGCAACUUCACUGGUCCACCGCUCUCCAAACUUGUCACUACGACGAUAGUCGCUACACAAAAUAGUCACUACAACGCACGUCAUGACUUAUGUCAUUACGCACACGUUAGUCACAAUCAACGCUCUUGAACGCUGCCGGUACACAACAUGACAUAUUUCAGACAUCAAGUCGUCAUGACUAUCGCUUGUCACUUUAACAUUUUACAUUCCGAUUUCAUUGUCAUUUCACUUCCAAGUUAUCAUUAAUGUUUACUGCACAAAAAAUUACCUUAGAGUACAAAAGAAAUACUUAAUAGGUACCAUAAGACGUUCUUUGGCAGUCCUAUGCCUUUUGGCCUUAACUGUCAGAGCAAUAAUAGUUAUAAUGUAUCUUGAAAAUAGUCAUUACCAUAAAAGCGAUUCAGCUCAAUCAACAUAACUUUUAUGUUUUUAAAAAAUUAACAUUUUUAUAAGCAAAAAAAGUUAGUAGGUAAACAAUACAUUUGGGUCCAAAUUAUUUUUGUUGACUUAUUUCUGAUCACUUUGUCACAAUUUGACUGAAAACAAAUUUAAAAAGCCGUUUACGUAUUACGCCAUACGAGUAUAAUGGGUACCUAUAUCUUACCAAAAACUCCACCUGGUACAGUCGACGUCAAAUAUAUGUUUACAUUUUUCGCCUUAUUACAAAGCAGUAAGGUGCAAAAGUGUAAACAUAUCUUUGACGUCGACUGUACAAUUUUUAGACAAAAAAAAACAGAUAUCGAAAUUAUUUCGACCCACCUAAAAUCACCUCGGCAGGAAAUUUGUCUGUACUCUUAAAUCCUAUUGGCUGUGUGCGAUGUGCCCGAUGGGAUAUGCCAUAUGGCCAUACGCUUAGUCGCUAAUAGCGUAUUUAUGGCAUAAACUAUCGACUAUCGUCCAUACAGCCAAUACAAAUAUAAUUAUGUAUUGCUAUUAGUCAAUCAAGUUUUCUGUCCUUUUAUCAAAUUGAAUCCACAAUUUCAUUACACAAACGUCACAAUCAAGUACAAUCCUUACACUGCCCAAUGACGUCGUGAUGUCAUGACGAAUAUCACGGCGUCAAGUCGUCACCUACACGAUACGUCACUACAUCAUACGCCACGUCACAACAUGUCAAGUCACAAGUGGUCCCCCCCCCCCCCCGGCGCACCGCGCAUCACCCCCCUAGUUAGAAGCAAUAAAGGUGGACCAAUCAAGUUUGCCUGAUUGAAGGUCAACGAAUAAAUCUGUUCAUGUA